AUGUAUCGGAAGUUGUCUAAGUUAGAACACUCGGAAAUAAAACAACUUCUUACAGAAGCUAAUAUAGAUGUUGCAAAGCAUUACGCAACAAACAAAAAGGCACUCGCUGACAUCCUCAAUGACUACAAUGGUGAAAUAACUUAUGAUAGAAUUCAUGAGUUCAUAAAGCCGCAACGCGGCGAGGACGAAGUCCAUGCAAGAGCAUUUCCUUUAAAUGACGUUGCUAUUGACUUAUAUCAUAGACGUUCAGUACCUCAUGAAGUAAGAAGAGAAAUGUUUGACAUAACAAAUGCAAACGUUGGUCAUACUCGUAAAGCUCUUUCGCAUGAUGUUCGUCAAGAGAUGUUUGACAUAACAAAUGCAAACGUUGGUGAAACACGAAAGAGAGACGACACACUGAAACAACAGAGGAGAGAGAGAUGUUUAAAAGUGCUAUAG